AUGCCACAAGACUCGGCCGCCGCGCUCGGCGCCCUCCUGCGCGGGGUAUCCAUCGACGACCACGAAGAGGUCCUGAAGGCGGCCAACGCGGCCCUCCGUUCCAAGAAGGACGACCAGACGGCCCUUCACACGCGCGCCGUUGCCCUCCUCAACCUCGACCGCUUCGACGACGCUCUGCGCGCCAUUGACGAGGGAGGCGACAAGCUCGACGCCGCCUGUCGCUUCGAGAAGGCCUACGCGCUCUAUAAGCUAGGCAAGCUUGACGAUGCCGCCGAGGUUCUCAAGUCCAUCGAUGCCGCCGCCGCCGCCGACACAAGCUAUAGGGGUCACAGCCACCUGGCAGCCCAGGUAGCCUACCGCGCCGAGAGGUUCGACGAUGCCUACGCCGUCUACCAGAGGCUUCUGGAGAAGGACCCGGAAGCCGAGGACAACGAUAUCAAGAUCAACAUGCGCGCCGUCGUCGCCCAGGCCGGGUGGCUCGGCGGCAGCGCCCACGACGGAGACGAUGCCCAGGACCAGGUGCAUCAGCUCGACACCUUUGAGCUCUGCUACAAUGAGGCCUGUUCCUGCAUCUCGCGCGGCAUCCUCGACCAGGCCGAGCUGCUCCUGCGACGCGCAGAGACCCUGUGCGAUGCCUCGGACGAUCUCACGGACGAGGACAGGCAGGCCGAGAUGCAGCCCAUCCUCGCCCAGAAGGCCUAUGUUCAGGCUAGGCUCGGCAAGCGCCAGGCGGAGUCGUGGACGCAGCGCGCCAAGUCGGCCAAGCUGUUCAGCCACCAGUACGACGUGGUGCGGCGCAACGGGCUCAUCAUCGACCUGCAGGCCAACAAGGUGCGCGGUGUGGUCGACCGCACGGACAAGGUCAUCUCGGCGGCGCAGCACCCGUCGACGCAGUCGGACGUCAACGCCAUCUCCGGGCUCCACGCCGCGGCUUCGACGCACGGCAAGUCGGGCAGGGAGCUCGUGCGUGCGCUGCAGGAGCUCACCAAGAAGAGGCCCGACAACGUGGGUCUGGCCCUGACGUUGGUGCAGACGUACCUCGACGCCGGGAACCAGGGCGCCGCGCUGUCGACGCUCGAGGCUUUCCUCGGCCGUCUCGAGAGGCCGGUCGGCACGGACGAGGACGAGGCUCCCUCUCCAACGCCCGCCCACGUCACCGACGCCCGCUUCAGUCCCGGCCUGGUGGCUUUGGUGGUCUCGCUCAUGCGGUCCCAGGGCCGCCACGCCGCCGCCAAGUCCGAGCUCUCCAAGGCAGCCAGGUACUGGCAGGACCAGGAUAGGCCGGCCAUGUCGUCGCGCGCGCUCCUGCAGGAGGCGGGCAUCGAGCUCCUCCGCUCCUCCAACCCACGCGACCUGAAGCUGGCCGGCUCCGCAUUCGAGAAGCUCUUCUCCCAGAGCCAGGGCUCGCACAUCGCCUCGGCGGGGCUGGUCGCCUCCCUGGCACCCUUCGACCUGGCCAAGGCGAACGAGCACGUCGGCUCCCUCCCCGAGGUGGACGACCUCAUCGCCGACGUCGACGUCGGCACACUCCUGGACGCCGGCGUCGCCACCAUCAACCCCACCACCACCGCCGCCGGGACCAAGCGCUCCGCCGAACAGGACGGCAGGAACAGGGCCACCCCCUCUGCCAAGAGGCGCAGGCCCAACAAGCUACCCAAGAACUACGAGGAGGGCAAGAAGCUCGACCCGGAGCGCUGGCUGCCCCUGCGCGACCGCUCGUCGUACCGUCCCAAGGGGAAGAAGGGCAGGAAGAAGGCUGCCGAAUCCACACAGGGCGGCCCGGUCAAGGACGAGGAGACGCUCGGUCUGGUAGGCGGCGGCGGUGUCAAGGUUGAGAAGGCUGGCGGUUCUGGCCCUGGCAACAACAACAGCAACAAGAAGAAGAAGAAGGGAAAGAAAUGA